AUGGAUGGAUAUUUACCAUAUCGAGCUGAGAGGCUAGCCAACCUCUGUUCCAAACGUCCGGGUUUUAAAAAGAAAGUCAACGACCUCCAGCAAGAGUCUCCACAUGUUCUACCCAAAAUAUGUAUCAUCUGCCGCAGCAACAAAUACAUCAAAGAUAAAUUGGGAAGACGGCAGCUGCAAGGCCUGUCAACUUGUGCGUUGGUUGAUGGAGGAGAUAAGGAGAUUUUCCGCUUGACUAAACUGAAAAAGAUUUUCGAUAAAGUAGUUCGAAAUGUUGAGGGGAAUGACUCAUCAACAUACAGAGCAUGGAGUCUGAAACAGAGGCUGAGGUCCAAAUUUCCGCAACUCAAUUUCCUUCAACCUAACCGUAGAAAUGAAAGUGUACUUGUGUACGUGGACACUCUUGCAACUGAAGAGCUUUUUGAAAAAUCAACGAUCCUCACUGAGUCAUCAAUCUCGUCAGACACAGAUACAACCGAUACAGACUCUUCAGUAGCAGGUGAAGAAUCUUAG